AUGUCUGAACGGCUGGACUUCAAAGCGUUCCACGACUGCAUGGGCGACCACCCAUCUCAGACCGCCAUAUUCCACAGCAACGGCUCCAAGUGGUGGAUGCAAGUCGCUGCAGGUUGGUCUCUGCCAGAUUCAGUGCGGAAUCUGGGUUAUUUAAAGCGGCGCUCGCUUUUCCGACAGUUUAUCGAAGCCAUUGACUUCACCCAGCUACAGCUCUUGGACGAUACCGUUACAAAGAUUGCUUUGACCUUGGAUGAGCAGACCCAGGGCUCGCUUACCCUGCAUCCUGGGACUCAAGCCUCAGACAACUAUUUCAUGACGGUCGCCACCAGAAUGCGCUGCACGGUCACGGAAGAUCCAGAUAGAGUGAUUUAUCCACCGAUUGAUGAACAACCACACCGAGGGCUGCGACAAUUCAAGGCGAGCCACUUGCAGGUGGUUGACGUGAUCGAUGCAACAGUGUCUAUAGUCCUAGUCGAGGACCGAAAGUUCGCUUACAAGUCGGUCGACCGGCCCAUCUAUUUGCGUGGAGAUACCGAGCACCUCUUGGAUGAACUUGACGCCCUCGUUCAAUUCAGCGGCGAGCCAAACGUCGCACAACUGAUCGGCCUGGUCGUAUCGGAAAGCCCGUACAAGACAUGCCCCUCGGCGGACAUGGCAUCUCUAGUGAUCACAGGGCUCCUUCUUGAGUACUACCCCGGGGGAUCCCUCGAGGAUACUAUCCAACAGAGCGAGGGGGUAGAUGACACGUUGCUGGUGCAGUGGGCUUUGCAGAUUGGGGAAGCAUUAGCAAUAAUGCACCUGCGUGGCCGGGCUCAUGUUGACAUGAAACCGGCGAACGUUGUCCUGGACGCCCACCAAAACGCCAUCCUGAUUGAUAUCGGGGGAACUGGGGGCUUUAGCUGGGAAUGGCUCUCACCGGAGAUGUCACAGGCGAUGCGGGCAGGUAACGAGUUUAUCCCGACCACCGCGCCAUUUAAGGAACGGGUUGCUACGGAUUGUUGGGCGUAUGGAAGGAUCCUCUUGUCUUUCGCGGGGAAAAGCGAUACUUGCACUGAUGGCGGAGCUGGAGCGUCAAGAUUGCAUUCCGUUGCUCGUCGUCUGACGGAGGCAACUCCUGAGGCUCGCAUGUCCUUGAGCGAUGCUCUCACAGAGCUGAGGGGGAAUAAAAUAUAG